CGUUAACCAUACCUCUGUCGAGCACGACUGGUUCAAGCAAUCCCGCUCCUCCAAGGAGAACCCCAAACGCGACUGGUACAUCUGGAAGCCCGCGCGCUACGAUGCCAACGGCGUGCGGCAUCCACCGACAAAUUGGCGCGGGUACUUUGCAGGCCCGACAUGGACCUGGGACGAGCACUCCCAAGAGUACUACCUACACCUAUACGCCCCCGACCAGCCCGAUUUGAACUGGGACAACGAGGCCUGCCGCGAGGCAAUCUACGAGGACACGAUGCGCUUCUGGCUCGAGCGCGGCGUCGACGGGUUCCGCAUCGAUACCGUGAACAAGUACUCCAAACGCACAGACUACGUCGACGCCCCCAUCACCGAUCCCACGUCGCCGCACCAGCCCGCGCCGGAGAUGUGGUGCAACGGCCCCCGUAUCCACGAGUACAUCCGCGAGAUGAACCGCAAGGCCCUGGCGCCGUACAACGCCGUCUCCGUCGGCGAGCUGUCCCUGACGCCGCACCCGUCGCAGGUGAUCCCUUAUGUCUCGGCCGCGGCCCAGGAGCUGGACAUGGUGUUUGAGUUUUCCGUGAUUCGCCUCGGUAACGGGAACGGGUUCGGCGCAAAGUACAUUUAUCAGCCGUUCCCGCUGUCGACGUUGAAGAAGUACACCGAGACGUGGCAGUCUUUUAUCGAGGGGACGGAUGCGUGGGCGACGGCGUUUUGCGAGAACCACGAUAACGGGCGCGCGGUGUCGAGGUUUGGUGACGAUUCUACGCCGGAGCUGUGGCUUGCUUCGGCGAAGACGAUUGCGCUGUGGCAGGCUACCAUGUCUGGGACGCUGUUCCUGUAUCAGGGACAGGAGAUUGGUAUGACCAAUAUGCCGGCCAGCUGGGGGAUCGAGGAGUAUAAAGAUAUCGAGAGCGGGAAUUUUUACUCGGAGGCGUUGGAGUCUGGAGAUACGGAGCGGAUCGAGAAGACGAUGCACGGCUUGCGGAUCUUGGCGAGGGACCACUCAAGGAUACCGUUCCAGUGGGACGAUAGUGCGAAUGCCGGGUUUGCGAGGGAGGGCGCGAAGCCGUGGAUGAGGGUGCAUGACGAGUAUAAGUCCAUCAACGCGGCGAAACAGCGCAGUGACCCGGACUCUAUCUUGUCGUUUUAUAAAAGGGUGCUGAAGCUGAGGAAGCAGCACCGCGAUGUGUUUGUCUUUGGAUCGCAUCGGCUGCUUGAUGCUGACAACGAGAGGACGUGGGUUAUCCUCAAGGAGAGCCCUGCGCCGGUGAAUGGUAAGGAGGGAGGGAUGAAGAGAAGGGCGCUUGUGGUGAUGAACUUUUCAAAGGAGGAUGGAGAGAGUGGCGGGGAUGUAGCUGGGUUGCUUGGGUGUGAGGCGGCUGAGGUAAGGUUGUUGGUUGGGACGAGGGAGGGUGGGGAGUUGGUGAAGGGGGUUACGCCGUUGUUGAAGGGGUGGGAGGCGAGGAUUUAUACCAAUUUUUAAGGGGUAGAAGAUGUACACCACGAUGCCCAAUAGAGGCCGGGUUCAUAAGCCGAGAGCCUGUGGAGAGUUUCUGAUGAUAGUGAUUUUCAUCUCGAAUCAAAUGAGUCAACAUUUGUCAAGCGUCCGGUCGAUAGCUGUUAUGUAUUUUCGAAUCCUGUAGUGGGAGGGGGUCUGCUAUGAUUCAGGAAACUGAGGAGGUUGAGCAUGGAAAUCUAGAUCCCUCCGGGCACUUCAAACUUGUGCGUCAGGAUUUGCACCAUUGGCCGAACCACAACAUGAGCCUCACGACGACAACCGCCACAGCGCAUAUAAGAAGUAAACUGUAUUACAAUAGCCAGUCUCAUGUUCUAGAGAUUCCAUAGGGUUCACGAGUUGGAUAGCUUCAGAAACAAUGGCUACUUGACUGAAUCUGAAACAACUCGACCGGGA